AAGCAGCAGCGAUGCAUGUUGGGUGUCUCCCCUCCCCUGACAGGGCUAACAGCCUCCUGACAGCCUCAGAGUAGCUGUCAGUUUGUCGUGGAUUGUUUCAGUAAAGCGGUGUCACCCUGAAACCCUGAAGAGGAGCAGCCUUUGAGAAUGUCGAGCUCUUUGGUUGUGUGUGAAGUGGAUGAAAGUCUGAAGGCUAAACUGAAAAAGUUUAGAUUUCGAAAAGAGACCAAUAAUGCUGCCAUCCUGAUGAAAAUAGACAUGGCGAAACAACUUGUUGUUCUCGAGGAGGAGUAUGAGGACAUCUCAAUGGACGACUUGAGAAAUGAACUUCCUGAGCGGCAGCCCAGGUUCAUUGUUUACAGCUACAAGUAUAUCCAUGCUGAUGGCAGGGUGUCCUACCCUCUGUGUUUCAUAUUCUCCAGUCCAGUGGGUUGCAAGCCAGAGCAACAGAUGAUGUAUGCAGGCAGCAAGAACCGGCUGGUGCAGGCUGCAGAGCUCACAAAGGUCUUUGAAACAAGAAACACAGAUGACUUGACAGAAGAAUGGUUGAAGAACCACCUGGCAUUUUUUCGCUGAAUAUACAUCUUAUCGGUUUCUUUUCAUAAACACACCUUUCUAUUUUUUUUCUAUUGUAUUGUAAUAAAAUUUCUGCUAUAUGCAA